GUUUUAACUAAUUUUAUUUAAGCUAACCAGAAUAAUACAUUGCAAAAGUUCUAAAACGUUGUGAUAUUCGAAAGAGUAGAAUUUUUUAAAUUCUUCAGGUGGAAAAGUAGUAUAAAAUCAAGGUCGAAGUUAUUAGUAAAUUUCUUUCUGUCGUUCCAUUGCAAAUCUCAAAAGUUGCGCUAACCCGCUAAUAAAUAAAAUUUGUUUAUCACCGAACUAGUGUAAUGGUGAAAGUAAUCUUAAAUCAACAAAUUUAUUGCCCCAACUUCAUAAGUAUACACCCCCUUUUUACCACAUUUCUCAACUACCAAACAAGUUCCUUCCCAUCGUAUUGUAUAAACUUUCCGCUGUGAUUUUCGUUCAGCUGCAGUAUGGUUUGUACCAUUUUGAUGCAACUCUGCUCCACAGACAAUGGGGCCUUCGAUCCACCCAUAUCGGUUCGCACCCAGCCCGGGUGCAGUGCAACCGCCAUGAUUCGGUUCGGUUUCAAAUCGAUACUCAUCGAUUUGGUGGCGGCAUUGAGUGCCGACUUCGAUGUUCGAUAAGCGUACAAUCCACCAUCCGUGUUGGCCCCAACCGAACCAAGAAUAGAGCUCAUAUUAACGAUGCAAGCCUUCUGAGGUCCAAUAGGUACGGCCGGGUUCACUUCAGCAGCCUUUUUCAGCAGAGGAACCAAAGCCUACGAGGAUGAGUAGAUUAAAGCAAGAAAACUUCGAGUAUGACUUGGUGGUCAUUGGCGGUGGUUCCGGUGGAUUGGCCUGCGCUAAGGAAGCUAUCCAGUUCGGAGCUAAGGUUGCGGUGUUGGACUUCGUCAAACCUUCGCCCCGCGGCACGAAAUGGGGUCUCGGUGGAACGUGUGUUAACGUAGGUUGCAUUCCGAAGAAACUGAUGCAUCAAGCGGCGCUGCUCGGGGAGGCAAUUCAUGACUCGCAACCCUAUGGGUGGAAGUUUACCGAGCCGGAAUCAGUCAAACACGAUUGGGCUACGCUAACCGAAUCCGUACAGAAUCACAUCAAAUCGGUCAACUGGGUUACCAGAGUUGAUCUGCGGGAUAAGAAGGUGGAGUACGUGAAUGGUUUCGGUUAUUUCAAGGAUGCCCACAAUUUAGUGGCCGUGAUGAAAAAUCAAACGGAACGGGUGCUGAAUACGAAAUAUGUGGUUAUUGCCACUGGCGGUCGUCCACGGUAUCCGGAUAUACCAGGAGCAGUAGAGUACGGUGUCACCAGUGAUGAUAUAUUUAGCUUACCGCAGGAACCGGGCAAGACGCUUGUCGUGGGUGCUGGAUAUAUUGGAUUGGAGUGCGCAGGUUUUUUGAAAGGAUUGGGUUAUGAUGCCACCGUGAUGGUUCGUUCUAUUUUGUUAAGAGGAUUCGAUCAACAGAUGGCCAAUAUGGUUGGUGACGCAAUGGUGGAGAAAGGAAUUAAUUUUCUACAUAAAACACAACCUAAGUCAGUCGAAAAGCAAGCCGAUGGUCGAUUGCUAGUGCAUUAUGCUUCCGAUGAUGGCACGGAAGGGUCCGAUGUGUACGAUACGGUUCUAUUUGCCAUUGGUCGUACUGCUUGUACUCUGGAUUUGAAGCUGGAUCAAGCUGGUGUCGUAACGGCGGAAGGUGGAAAGUCCGACAAACUGGAAGUUGAUAGCUUUGAAAAAACUAACGUCGACAACAUUUUUGCCGUCGGUGAUGUACUGUACAAAAGACCAGAGCUGACCCCGGUAGCCAUUCACGCAGGUCGACUGUUGGCACGGCGGUUGUUCAACAAUCAAACCGAUGUUAUGGAUUACGCGGACGUUGCGACCACCGUUUUCUCUCCACUCGAAUAUGGCUGCGUGGGAAUGAGCGAAGAAGCUGCCGAGGAAAAAUUCGGCAAGGACAAGGUGGAAGUGUAUCAUGCCUACUACAAACCAACGGAGUUCUUCGUUCCCCAGCGCAGUGUUCGGUACUGCUAUUUGAAAGCCGUCGCUCUUCUGGAGGGUGACCAGAAGGUUUUGGGACUCCACUUUCUCGGACCAGCUGCCGGUGAGGUAAUUCAGGGUUUCGCGGCCGCUCUUAAAUCUGGCCUUACGAUGAAAAUCCUCAAGAACACCGUCGGAAUUCAUCCCACAGUGGCCGAAGAGUUCACCCGGUUGUUGAUCACCAAGAGCUCAGGACUGGAUCCUACCCCGGCCACAUGCUGCAGCUAAGCUGUUACCAUACGCUCGUGUAAUUUUUUCGAUAAUAAUCUAUUUCUCAAUGUAAUUGAGGUAGAAACAGUUUUUUGAUUAUUUUUUGUCGUACUAUAGAAUGAACAAAUUGAUAUGUCAGCAAGUACUCGAGUGCUUAAGUAAAUCUAAUUUAAAGACCUUCGUUAGGGUUAAACAUACACUAUUCCUCACUGAGAUUUAGAAAGAGCCGAGAGAGGGGCGUGCAUGCUUAUCGAACAGCAAGGGAACCCGAGACUAAAUGUUUUAGGCCAUAAUAAUAGGCAGUAUCUGUGUGCUUUUGCAUAGAAAAAUCGGCACUUGUUUACGCAACCAACCAUUAAUAAACAAUUCACCGUAGACACGCAGUAAAACAACCCUUGAA